AUGUCUACUCAACUCCCCCCUAAGAUGAACGCUCUCAUUGUUGAAGGCCUCGGCAAGCUGGCCUUCAAGCAAACCGAGACCCCUAAGCUUGACGACCACUCAGUUAUUCUGCGUGUGCACGACAACGCGCUGAACCCCACGGACUGGAAGCACCUUGACUUUUUCGGCAAGGUGGGCACGACCCUUGGCUCCGACUUUGUCGGUACGAUUGUGGCCAAGGGCGCCAAGGCCGGCACCGACAUCCAGGUCGGUGACCGGGUUGCCGGUCUGGUCCACGGCGGCUGGGAGGUCGGUCGUGGCGCUUUUGCGGAAUACAUCAAGACAUACCCCGAGUCGCUCACGCGUGCCCCUCCUUCGCUCAAAGACGAGGACCUCGCUGGUAUCGGUGUUGGCGGCUACACGGCCUAUUUUGGUCUCUUCCAUCCCAUGCACCUGGAACUGCCUGCCCCCCCGGCGGACCUCCGGGGCCUGGGUCCGAUCGACCAGAGCAAGAAGCUGCUGGUCUGGUCGGGGGCCACGUCGGUUGGUCAGUUUGUGAUCCAGUUUGCGCGCGCUGCUGGCAUCCAUGUGAUCGCCACGGCCUCGCCGAAGAACCACGCGUUCCUGAAGGAGCUCGGUGCGGCGGAGACGUACGACUACUCGGACGCUGCGACGCCGGACAGGAUUUCGGCGGCCCACCCCGACCUUACGCACGCCUUUGAUACCUUCUCUGAGAAGGGCUCGCAGGAGUCGUGUGCGCGUGCACUGUCCAAGACGCAGCCGUCGAAGCUCGUCAUGAUCCUGCCUGUGGACAAGGAUCUUACCACGGUGAACAACAAGGUCCAGAGCUCCUUUUUCCUGCUUGACGCUAUUCAUGGCAAGGCCAUCGCGCUCUUUGGCCGCUCCUUCUCGCAGGAGGAUGCGGAGAGCUACUACAAAUUCCUGCUCAACUUUACCAAGAACGACAUCUUUACGCACUUGCUUGGCGCCGGCCUCGUCAAGCCCAACCGCCCGUCUCUUCAGAAGGGUGGCCUGGAUUCGAUCCCUGAGGGACUCGAUCUCCUGCGCAAGGGCCAGGUCUCGGGCAAGAAGCUCAUUUAUGCGAUCCAGUAA